AUGUCCAUUUCUACCUGCAACAUCGUGUCCAACCCCUCCUUUGAAACAGGAGACCUAGCUCCAUGGCGCGCAUCCGCCGUGAACGUCGCCAAAAUCACAAAUGGAGCAACCGCCUAUAGCGGUGACUACUACCUUAAUCUCCAAACAGCAGUAGGAAACCGCGGCAACAUUAUAUCCCAAGGCCUUCGUAAUCUCAAGCGCCACACGCAAUACGCAUUCAGCGUUCAGGCCCAGCUUCCGUCACCAUCCGGCUCGGAAUAUUGCUCGGUUUAUGUGUACAUGGGGCGCAACGCAACGGUCGGCAGCAUUGCCUCGGCACAGCUGUUUCAUCCUGGGGAGUGGACGGAGGUCUCAGGGACUUGGGUGCCAAAGCGGGAACAGGAUGUCUUGAGUAUUGUUGCUGCUUGUGAUUCGGAGGAUUCGUCGGUUACAGGGAAUGUGCUACUUGAUCAGAUUAGUUUUGCCCCGGUUGAUUGUUAUGGGUUGGAAUAG